GAUGGCGCCAGUACCAGAGCUCAGCGUCCUGGAGAGCGCCGUCGUAGCGCCCUCGUCGCCGGCGCCCGAGACGACCUGCUCCCUGCGACUCAACUUUUUCGACGUCUUCUGGCUCAACUCCCCGCCGGUGGAGCGCGUCUUCUUCUACCGCCUCACCCCAGGCACCGGCGACGACAUCACGUCCAUCCUCUCCAACAUCAAGUCCUCGCUGUCCCAAGCUCUCGGCGCUUUCUACCCGCUAGCCGGCCGCCUCCGCCUCACGCCGGCGACCGACGACCGCUACGAGCUCCACUACCAGCCGGGCGACGGCGUCACCUUCACCGUCGCCGAGUACGAGGCCGACGUCGACGAGCUGGCCGAGGACGAGCCCACGGAGGUCGCCAAGAUCUUGCCGCUCGUGCCGCCGCUCCCGGUCGGCGUCGGCCCGGUGCUCAGCGUGCAGGCUACGGUUCUGCGCGGCGGCCGCGGCCGCGGCCUCGCCAUCGGCUUGGCCCUGCACCACGCCGCCUGCGACGGGGCUUCCUCGACGCGCUUCCUUCAUACCUGGGCCGCCGCGGCCGGCACUGGCACAGGCGCGCCACCGCCCCCUGUCAUGGACAGGACACUCGUCGACGACCCAAGCGGCGGCUGCCCCCUAUACAAGUUGCUGAGCACCGACGAGAUGGAGUACGUCAAAAUGGCCGACGACCAGCUCGUCGCCACCUUCACGCUGUCUAAAGAAGACAUACAGCGAGUGAAGGACGUCGUGGUCGCCGCCGCUGGUGCCAGGCCGCCGAGAUGCACCUCGCUGGUCGCCACCUUCGGCUUCAUCUGGUCGUGCUACCAGAGAUCCAAAGACGACGCAGCAAGUAGCAGCGAGCAGACCCACUUCAUUUUCCCCAUCGACCAGCGCUCGCGGAUGAAGCCCGAUCCCAUCCCGGACGAGUACUUCGGCAACUGCGUCGGCGCCGCCAUGGAAGCCGCAGCCAAGAACCAGCUCGCCGCUGCCGGCGCCGAUGGCCUCCUCGCCGCAUGCACGGCCAUUGCCGCGGCGAUCGAGCGGGCGGUGGGCGAACUCGGGUCGCCGGAGAAGAUGGCGCUGUGGAUGGAGCGGAUAAGAGAGGCCAGCGCGUCCGGCGGCGGGGUGCUGACCGUGGCGGGCUCGCCGAGGUUCCGGGUCUACGACGUCGACUUUGGGUUCGGCCGGCCGGCCAAGGUGGAGAUCGUCUCCGUGGCGAGGACCGGCGCCAUGGCAGUGGCGGAGAGCCGCCAGAGCGGCGGCGGCAUGGAGGUGGGCAUGUCUCUGCCGCCGGCUGGCAUGCAGAGGUUCCAGACCUGUUUCCACGACGCCAUCACGUGGCUUCAUCAGCAAUAAUGUGCAGAAUUGUUUUUUCUCUUUUACGAGCCAAUAAUUGCACGCUUGAUAAUUUAUGAUAGCAAGUUGAGACGAGCAGUAUGUGAGGUUAAUAUUGGUCCAGUGACCAGUGAAGUGGUGGUCAUUCAAGAGUUCA